UGUCAAAAAUUGAUCACAAUCUAUUUGGAAUUGUUCACAAUUAUGUUCAACAAGAUUAUGGAUUGAAAAUUGUAAUGUAGAGCAAAACCAUGGUUGCGCUUCUGGUUUGAAAGGAUAAGAUAGAGACUUCAGCUGUUUUCCAAAAAACUGCUACAAGUAUGGUUCUUCUUAAAUUUUAAUUUUCUAUUUUUUAAGCCUUUAAUGUGUUUCUUAAUUACUUGAUCAUGUUUAAAAUUUGGUCAUUAGAUGCUACUCAAUGAAAAGAAAAAUACAAUUCUUCUAUUUGAUAUCAGUAUUUUCCAAAUUAAGGAUUUUAAAUGGUUACAAGUGGAAAUAAAAUGUAAUUGAUUAUGUGGAUUUAUUAUUGUCGCUAUUGGAUUACAAAUUUGAUCUAUCCGAUGAAAAAACAACUUGUUUCCUCAUAUUUAAAUAUUUUUCCAAGUCACAUUAAUCAAAUAUGAAGCCUGUUUUCAUUCAUCAACUCAUCUGUUCAUUCAUCAUUACCACCUUGUUGACGCUGAUUAAUGGCAUUCCUAUCUUGUACAAUGGAAAUGAACCUGGGCUUAUCAUUUUAGGAAGCUCAAAUUUUUCACAGAUUAUUUUUCAUCAAAACAAUACUUUUAUAGUCGAAUUUUAUAAUUCUUGGUGUGGCCAUUGUGUCCGUUUUGCUCCGACCUGGAAAGCAUUUGCAAAAGACAUUCGUCAUUGGUCAUCCGUGGUCCGAGUUGCUGCUAUCGAUUGUGCAGAAGAUUCAAAUGUUAAACUUUGCAGUGACUAUAAUAUCAAUUUAUUUCCCAGUGUUCGCUAUUUUUGGCACAAUUAUGACUUCAAAAUUAACGGCCAACCCUUAACUACAAACAUUGGGAACGUAGAAUCUUUGAGACAUGAUUAUUUGAACUGGUUGCAUGGAUCAUGGUCUCAUGGUGUUCCACAAAAUUGGCCUAAUCUUAAUUAUUUUGAUCCUGGAAAUCCUGAAGAGUUGACAAAUAUAACCAAGGCAGCAUUGGAUAGAGAUAUUUUAAUAUUGGUUGAAGGGGAAAAAUCACAUUUAGGAAGAGAAGUCAUUUUGGAUUUGUCACCAUUUUUGGAUAGUGUUAUUGUGAGAAGAAUCAAAACGGGACAUUCUUGGUUAAAUCAACUCAACGAAUCUCCUCUCCUUCUUCCGGUGAUAUUAAAGAUCUCGAAAGAUGGAAAACCUGUGAUAUUUAAAAGACCCGAUGAACUUGGUCCCGAUCAUCGUAAGGUUACAGUCGAAACAAUAAUGUCUGAAUACAAUUUAACUUACAAGGAAAUAGAAUCGUCAUCAUCAUCUUCUAAAGCCUUUCAAGAGAGACUGAAAAAUCAACUUGUUGCGCCUAAAUUAAAGCCUACAGAUAACAUUCACCUGUCGGAUCUGUAUCUAUCCAUCCGCGAGACGUUAUACAAGCAAAUACCUUUACACAAAAGUUUAGAUUCGCACAAAUUGCAAAUUUUGAAAAGCUUUAUCUCAAUUUUGGAUGAUUAUUUUCCAUUCGAUUCAGAUUCACCCAAAAUUUUUAUAACAUCUUUAUCAAAAUGGUUAUCCACCCAAGUCCAUGGAUUGGAAAUGGAUGAUUUCACCUCUGUUCUGGAUAAAUUAAACCAACAUAAUCCAUUUCCGAAGCCGCAAAAUUGGAUUACAUGUCAAGGCAGUGAGCCAGGUUUUCGUGGCUACCCUUGUUCAUUGUGGUUAUUAUUUCACACGUUGACUGUUAACGAAUAUAUCAAGACAAACGGUGAACCAAAUGAUCACAGAGUUUUAUACACCAUGCGAGAUUACAUAACCAACUUUUUCUCUUGUGCUGAAUGUGCCAAACAUUUUAGAGAAAUGUCUUCUAAUAUGGAAUCUAGUUUAAUUAAUCCAAACGGUUCAAUUCUCUGGUUGUGGAGAGCUCAUAAUAUUGUUAAUAGACGCUUAGCAAAAGAUUUAACGGAAGAUCCAGUUCAUCCAAAAACACAGUAUCCACCAACAUCUGUUUGUAAUACUUGUUGGACUUCUGAUGGACUUCGUUUCAAUGAGACUCAAACAUUUAAUUUUCUUCUAACUCGCUAUCAAAGUGAUAAUCUGAUAGGACUUAAAUCCCAUCUAAAACCAUCUAAAAGUGAUUUUAUUAAUUCUAAUCCUGCCUUUGAAUCAUAUGAUCAUGAUUUUCAACAUGUUGGCAAUCUCUGGACCUGGCCAAAUGUUAUUCUCAACAGAAUGGAUAUUAGUUUAUGCUUACUUUUGUAUGUUAUUACUUCUUGUAUGCUGUUGACAUUCUGUUUUAUACUUUCUAUUAGGAAAAGACGCCGUAAAGAACACAAAUUUCGAUAUCCAAUGGCUCUUUAAAAUGGAAAAAAAUGAAUCAGAAAUGAGAUUAAUGUUGGUACAAAAAUUUAUUUAAAAACUCAAUUCACAAUUAGUUCUUGUGACUUAAAUCAAACGCUUGUGAAACGCAGAACCAUAUUUUAUUUCUUUAUGUUUAUCUUUUUAUUAUAAGAAAUUUGUUAUUUUACAUUUAUAAUUGCAAUGAUAGUGAUCUUAUUGAUUUUUAA